AUGGUUGUAAAGCCACGGGGUAGGGAGGCGAGUAGACUCAAGCAGGGUCCGAACACUGCGUCGGCGACUGGAGGGAAGGACAAAGCCCCGAGGAUGGAUAACCCACAAGGGUCUCGGUUCUCAGUGCUGGAGGAAGACAAUAAUAACACUAAUGAGGAAAUUGAUAUGGAAGGCAAUAAAAGUGUUCAAAUGGACGUUUCGGUUGCACAAGCAGCGAACCCACCCACCGAUAAUACGACUGUGGACACAGCUGAGAGGGCUGAGGAGAUACAGAAGGAAACCGACCUCCCAGCUAUCAUGACAGCGAGAUCAGAAAGUACCCCCAUGGGGAUAGACCUCGGCCCUAACAGGUCUCCAGAGGGAGGACCUAGUGUGAUGAAGCCCACCCAUCCCACCAUAGAAGACCAGGGUCGGUUGGUGCAAACCAGAAAAAUGGAUACGGGCCAGAAACCCACGAAGUCUACUACACAGACGAACAAGGUUAAGCACAUCCGGAGCAACCCGAAGAACACAGGUGCUAAGCAUGGCGCGGGGAGCCCAUCCCCUUCGGUCCAUAGAUGA